CUUUCCGGUCGCGAGUUGUAGAUCACUAACUCCCUUCGCGAUGGCGCUUUCCGUGAGCAUCUUCUUGGGCAGUCGUGUCCGCGCCGCUGUCGCUCGCUGUGGGUUCGCGUCCCAGGGCGUGGCGGGCCCGGGUUCUAUCAGCCGUGAGCCGGACCCGGAUUCCGACUGGGAGCCGGAGGAGCGGGAGCUCCAGGAGGUGGAGAGCGCUUUGAAACGACAGAAAAAGGCAAUGCGAUUCGAGAGAAUUCGAAGGCAAAUGGAGGCUCCAGGUGCUCCACCUAGAACACUGACAUGGGAAGCCAUGGAGCAGAUCCGGUAUUUACAUAAGGAAUUUGCAGAGUCCUGGUCAGUUCCCAGGUUGGCAGAAGGCUUUGAUGUCAGCACCGAUGUUAUCCGAAGGGUUUUAAAAAGUAAGUUUGUACCCACUUUAGAGCAGAAACUGAGGCAGGACCAAAAGGUCUUGAAAAAAGCUGGGAUUACCCGAGCGGUUUGGCAGCUCCCGGUAGCUGAAGAUACCUUGAAGCCGCUCAGUGCAGGCCAUUCUGUGUCUGGUCCUCUGCUGAUUCCAGGGGAUGAAGUCUCCUCUAAAAGUCAGAAUCACAGCACAGCUUUGAAAGUGGUAAAGUCAAACACUCACAGCACAGAUACACAGAAGAAACAGGAAGAAAGGAGUAAAAGAAUCCAAGUCUUGGAAGAAAGCUUGGUGCCUACCACCACGGCCUUAGGUCAUCAGAGAGAGCUGGAGAAGCACACCACCAGUGAUUCUGAGGCGGCCAGGAGAGCUGACGAUGAUAUAUUACCAAGUGUUGAGACCCUGGAAAUGUUGAAGGCGGGGGAGCCAGGCAACCAGAACUUCAGCAGCAAAGUGGUACAGAGGGGGUGUGAGUUCUUUGACAGCAAUGGAAACUUCCUCUACAGAAUUUGAGCCUGGGCCUGGCUUUUGGAGAGGCCUUGACACAGCUGAACAAGUAGACUUGAAGCUGCCUGCAUUUUUGCACAUCACUGGCCACUUUGGAGUAAGAGUUGGUGAGGCUAGGGUGUGGGGCGGAGGAGCUACUUAGGUAGGGUCAGACCCCGUGGGUGCCCUGUGCAUCUUAAGUUCUCAUUCAUCCUUGUUGCUUGGUGGUCUCUCUGUUGAGAACGAGAAAUAUGUGUAUCCUGUCAUGGAUUUUUGUGAUAGUGUGUUGGGAGGGAAUUGAAAGCUUGCCUCUUGACCUCACUUCCUUUCUAAUCACUGAACACUAUUCUUGAUUUGUCUUAAUCAAUUGGUUUCCUUAUGUGUGAAAUAAAGUAAAAUGGAACAGUU